ACGACGAGAAGAAGAAAAAAGACGAAAAGGAGGAAAGGGUGAAGAAAUUGCCAAUUAUCAAUCCACUGGUAAGAUUACCGUCAUGGCCCAACGUCACCAGCGGUACAGGAUUCAUAUCGAAGUGCUUACUGGCGAACGCGGAUACGUUGUGUGCCGCCGUAAGUCCUCUGAUGGAUCCGGAUGAAACCCUGAUGGAAGGCUACUCGGAGAAGGCUGUCAUGAACAAUUACUUUGGGAUUGGAAUCGAUGCGAAGAUUUCUUUGGAUUUUCAUAACAAGCGGGAAGAACAUCCCGAGAAGUGUCGAUCCCGAGCGAAGAACUAUAUGUGGUACGGAGUGCUCGGAUCGAAGGAGUGGCUGCAGAAAACGUACAAAAACCUGGAGCAAAAGGUUCAGCUUGAGUGUGACGGCCAGCGAAUUCCGCUUCCAUCGCUGCAGGGCAUUGUGAUUCUGAACAUUCCGAGCUUCAUGGGAGGUACGAACUUUUGGGGAUCGAAGAAGGAGGACGACUGCUUUUUGGUGCAAAGUUUCGACGAUCGUAUCUUGGAGGUGGUUGCCGUGUUCGGUUCGGUUCAGAUGGCGGCUUCGCGAUUGAUCAAUCUGCAACACCACCGGAUUGCCCAGUGCCAAAGUGUGCAGAUUAAUAUCUUAGGUGAGGAAUGUGUUCCAAUACAGGUCGACGGAGAAGCGUGGCUGCAGCCUCCAGGAAUGAUUCGGAUCAUUCACAAAAAUCGAGUUCAGAUGUUGUGUCGCAACCGUAGUUUGGAGGUAUCGCUGAAGAGUUGGCAAGAGAAGCAAAGGCAGCACAGUAUAUCGAUAGCCCGGGAGCAGCCGUCAACGACGUCCUCGGAGCAUCUCGUUGCCACAUCGGAAGACAUGUUCACCGAACGUGAAACUUAUCUGUUGCUCAAUUUCAUUGAGUGUGUCAGUACACUGGUGAAGUGGGUCAAGUUCUUGAUCAUCUCGCAUCCAUCGCUGCAGCCAGAUUUGUACAUGGUGGCUACGAAAACUGCGGACGCUUUAGAGUCUAUACACCCUGGCGGUAAGAUCAUCGAUGGUCCAAAUCUUAGAAGACAGCUAACUGAACUGGUACGUGCAGCUCGGCAACUCUACGAAGACACUUGUGAUUUACUGCGGGAGCGUAGUCACAGCCUGAUUCUGCGUGAAGAUCUGGAAACAAAACUUAGCGUAUCGCUCGCCAACAUGGAGAUGGAACUGGGCAAGUGUAGUCUACAGCAAACCAGUGACGGCGAGACGAAGGUAUAUCUCAACGUUUUGGCGCCGAACGAGGAUGUCGAUCAUCACCGCAAGAAGCAGAAGCCAUUCUGGUUGCGAUUCCGAGGUCAACACGGACAGGGUGGUUCUGGAAUGGGCAGUGGCCUGGGAAAGACAAAUGCCGAUCUGGUCAACAACUGGGGAGUGGGCGAAGUGGUUACAUGGUUGGAGGCCAUGCAGAUGACGGAGUACGUGGAUAGCUUUAUCAAGAAUGACAUACGAGGCAAGGAGCUGCUCACGUUAGCUCGGCGAGAUUUGAAGGAUCUAGGCGUUACGAAGGUAGGUCACGUCAAGCGAAUUCUGCAAGCAAUCAAGGAUCUAGGAAGCACGAGCAUUGGGUAAAAGGUGAGGUAAGCAAAUGAAUGCAUUUUAGUUAUAUCUUUUUAGAUCAGUAGUUGCUAGACUACAAAAUAUCAGUAUCUUCUUAUGGAAUCAAUAAUUUUAAAACUAUUCCAAAGCAGUUGUCAGCAAACACAAAAGCGAAGAAGCAAGAAAAAUUUAACUUGUUUUAAUAAUCAAGCAACCAAAAGACUUUAUUUACUCUUGAGUAGAAAUGUAUGUUUCCAUGUCAUUUUUAAUAUUUAUUUCUUCCGAGGGGAAUCAUAAAGCAAAACUCUUAAAGCAUUGCAAUGAUUGGAAGAGGAAACUCUGAUGCCACGUAGUAUCAUUCCAGAUAGAGAACAGUAGAAGUAGAGAACGAUAAAUGGAGGAAUCAUAAGCAGAGUAAUAUCAUUAAAUAUCAAUUCUUCUCUGGUAGUACUUGUACUGAAGAAAAAACAAACAAAUGAAACCAAAAUCAAGAAUAGAAAAACAUGUUAAGAAGCCUAAUGUUAAUUGUGUGUUUAAGUUGAAAAUUUUCCGAUGUUCAAUUGCAAAACAGAAGUGCUGCGAGAGUGUGUGUGUGACGAAUGCAGUUUUUUUCCUUUCCAUCGAUAUGAAUCAAAAUGUGGAUUGUAACCAGUAAACGGUAAACUCAAAACAAUGUCACAAAUUCUAAAUCCGGUUUUAAAAACAGGAAAACCUUAUCAUAGUAUGUGUGUACAACCUUUACCACUUGUGUUCCUCUGACAUACUUUAGUGCUGUUGAGUGUCUAUUUAAUGUCUGUUCGUAAAAACAUAUGGUUCCUUACUGAGAUGUGUGAGUGUCUGAGUCUAGGAGGAGAUGCAUAAGAGUAUAGGCAAAAGUAAAUCCUCAUACUGUAGUUAAAUUAAGAAAGAUUCAUAUAAUUCUUGCGUGUGCAUAUACUCACCAUCUUUCAUGAAUGUGUACAUCUCACGGAUAUACGAAGAUAGGUCAUAUAAUUAAUACAUUAUGAAAAAAAGCAAACAGUUCGUUCACCCCAAGGUGGUACUCAUUGAAAUGAUCUCAUUAGGAAUGAAUUCAAUUAAAUCAUGUAUGUUAUCAAUUUUUCGAACUCACAAGUUACCUUAAAACAAUUAUGAUUUAUGCAGCACCUCUUCAAGCAACAGAUUGAUAUCAUAAUAAGUAAAUGCAGACAUACAGUGUAGUAAUUUUUGGUCAAUUUCCCAUGAAAUCAGACUGCAGUGCAUUAUUAUUAUUAUAAUCAUUUUCGAAACGAAAUUUAAAAUUAGAACCACGUUUUUGUCAGUUAAGUAGCUUAUUUAAGUAAAGAGGAUGAUAGGUAAUAGGGGUUUCGAUCGACUUCGUCUCAAGCGCUAUUAUUCGUCGUACCGAACUUUAAAUCCUCCAAUAUGACGGAUUUUCGAAGUUACCUACAAUAUAGAUUCAUUUACCAAGUGAAAUUUUGCGAAAGCUGAUAUGGUUCGUUCACUUGUACACCAAAAGUGCAACCAAACUAUGUGCUGUAUUUUGAUAAAUAACUUAAUUUCACUCUGCACUUUUGAUCAAAAUCGUAUGGAUGAAGACGUACCGAGCGAAAUGAAAAUGGAAAACCUUCGUACAUCUUCACUGAAGGAUUUCAUACCAAGCAAAAACUAUAAAACUUAAAUAAUUCACGAAAUUUUAAGAAACACCCUCAAAGACCGCAUAUAAUUGAGAACGUUAACAAAGUUUUUCAUCGGUCCGGACUGAGAAAAAACAUGUGCGCAUCAAUGUGUGCAUGAUGUGCGGCGUAGAAAACGAUUGCUUUGAUUGUGAUUGUUUUCGCUGUACAGUGAGCCGUCAUUCAUUUGCCCAGCCAAAAGUUAUUGUGUUAAUUUUUUUGGACUGAAUUUUGAUAGGGCCAAUGAGUUUUAAGGGAAAUCUUCAUUUAUCAUCAUGCUGUGGGAAUGGAGAGGGAUGUCCGAAGAUCUAAAUAAUCUAUGAAAACCCGAAUUUAGUACUAUACCAUUUAAUUCCAGUGUUUUUUUUUACCCUUUGAAAGAUUCUUUGACUUUUCCAUUAAACAGCUCGAAGAUCUAUUGUUAAAAAUCUAGUUGAACAUAUUAGUAUUAUAACUUUGAAGUGGUGUGUUUUGAGCACUCAUUACACCACAGUGAGCCGUUAGUUUUGAGACGAAUCAAAACUGAUUACGACUGAAAUGAAACUGGAUACGACAAAUGUAGCAAUGGUGAUUAAAAAUAUCAUUGCAUUAUUUCCAAUAAUCGAACAAGAUUUAUGAAAAUCUUGUUACAUAAUGCGAAACCAGUCGUGGAAAAAAUUCACUU